AUGACAAAUAGUAGUGAAACAGCUUUUGAAAAUACUGAAAUAUACUGGCCAAGAACUCUUCGAUUUUGGCUACUACUUAUUUUUGAUAUUCCAUCUAUAAUAUGUUCACUUUUUGUUCUUUAUCAUUUAUUAAUUAAUCGAGCUUCUCGUCAUGCUUUACAUAAUCAUACUAUUAUCGUUUUAUUAAGUAUAGCACUUUGUUUUCAAUUAACGGAUAUUCCAUGGUAUCUGGAUUUUAUUCGAAAAGGUUCAGUUCGACCACAAAUACAAGCACGUUGUCUUAUAUGGUGGUUAGUUAAUUUAGGAUUUUAUAAUACAGUUUCACUUAUUCUUGCGUGGACAUCAAUUGAAAGACAUAUACUUGUUUUUCAUGAUCAAUGGACAUCAACGCGUAAAAAACGUUUUUUCGUUCAUUAUCUUCCAUUAGUAGUUCUUAUUCUUUAUUCAAUUACUUAUUAUACAAUUGUUAUUUUUUUCCCACCAUGUAAACAUGAUUAUAAAUAUAAAUUACCUGUAUGUGCUGCAUCACCAUGUCAUCUUUUUCAUCCAGUAUUAGGUGUAUGGGAAAUGGGAGUUCAUGGUUGUUUAUCGACAAUUAUUGUAACUUUUUUUAGUAUUGCUUUACUUUUACGUGUCGUACAUCAUAAACGUCGUCGUCAUCGAGUAUUUCGUUGGAAAGUAUAUAGAAAAAUGAUUAUUCAAUUAUUAUCAAUAUCUGCACUUUAUUUAUUAUUAAAUUUUCCAAUUAUGCUUUUCUCUGUUGCACGUUUUUUAGGCUUACCAAAUCAUGUUGGUGUACAAGCACAACAGAUUACUUUUUUCUUAACAUAUUGGGUAAUGUUUCUUUUACCAUUUGUAAUUUUAUCAUCAUUGCCUGGUUUACGAAAUAAACUCUAUAUGAUUGGCUUAUUAAAACGUCAACGUCGAAGUACUGUUACUAUAACAAUGAGAAGACUUAUUAAUGUUCAAAAAAAUCCAUUACAUUGUGCGUAUAUUGGAUAA